AUGACACCCGCACCACCACCACUGCCAACGCGGUUCCCCUGUUGGUGUAGGGCUGUCUAUUCUUGGGGAGGAGAGUCGAAACGAGACCUUGGAUUCAUCGAAGGAGAUCUCAUAGAAUGCCUCAAUGCAGGAGACGGAUCAUGGUGGACUGGACGGCUGCGGCGAGACAGGAGAAUGGUCGGCGUCUUCCCUUCCAACUUUGUCGAGAUUCUGCCAGACAGCUUCCGUCCGAUGAGCAGAUCGACGAGCCCACUGCCGCCAAACAGCAACACCCCAAGCCCCAAGAACACCCCGCAGAAGUCAAAGACCUUCCGCAAACCGUUCGAGGCUUAUGCGAAAGCUCCUCAUUAUACGACGGCCAAGCAGCCUGAGACAUUCAAGCCUGGUUCAGCGAGAUCUCGAGAGAACUCGGGCAAUACGUUCCCGACCGUUCACGAAGACGCCGGCAGGCCGCCGACUCCUCCUCAAAAGCAUGGCUAUGGCUCAAGGGCACCGUCCCCUGCGCCCCAAAUGCACAGUUAUGGUUCAAGGGUGCCAUCUCCUGCCCCUCCAAUGCAUAACUAUGUUUCGAGAGCACCGUCCCCUGCGCCACCUCCAGCUCACAGCUACGGCUCGAGAGCUCCCUCACCCGCACCCUCCUUCUCCUACCAGCAAAAAGAGUAUAAGCCCUACCGGCCGCCGUCACCACUACCUCCACAACACGCCCAGAUCUCGGAGCCUCUCGACUCCCCACCUCCUCCUGCACCUCCACCUCACCGGCAUGUGGUGCCGAGGCACGGGUCCCAUAACUCGUUUGACAGUCCUGCCAUCAACGGUUUACAAAGACAUGGCUCAAACAUGUCAUAUGAAAAUCGGCAACCCGCGGGACUGGAGAGGCAUGGAUCUAACUUGUCUUAUGACAAUAGACAGCACGCAGGCCUGGAACGACAUGGUUCGAACAUGUCCUAUAAUCACCAACCGGCAGGGUACCAUACCCCCAGAGCACCGUCACCAUGCCCUCCGUCCCCAGCGGCCGACGGUCUAACGCCUUCGCCCUUGCGGGAGGCUAUGGAUGGUGUGAUUGAGCAGUUGGAUAUCCUGGGCGUGGGCGAGACCGAUACCGCAGAACCUGCGUUCGACCCUUGGUCCCCCGAGUCGUUCGACAUGGUCCACCAGCAAUCAAGGAGAAAGCAGCGCAAGGAGCACAACAGGCCCCAGACGUCGAUGGGCAUUGCGCCUCCGGUCGACGAAGGCUACGAGACUUAUAGCGGGAGCGGGAGUUCGUCAAGAGACGCAACCUACCACACAGGGUACCGAGAGGAUGAACAACAGCUUCCUCAGCUCAGCAACUAUGUGGAACGCAUGGAGACUAGGUUACGCAACAUGCAUCAGCACAGCGCAAACGUGGGGAUUGACGAAGCGCCGCCUCCGCCCCCAAAGAGUCACCUGUAUGACAGGCCGAAGUCUUCGAUGGGCGGAGAGAUGGCUUCGGAGCACAGAUUGCGCCACAAGAGGUCGGCGUACGAGGUCGGACGACAGAUGCUGGGGCGCACAUUCACCACCAAGACUACGUCCACAAGUGCAUCGUCAGGAAAUAGGAGCACCACGACCCAAAGCACCGACCGAAGCUUGAUGAGUGGUGUGUCAGCUUCAGGCAUCAGUGCGACGAGUGCUGGCAGUCUGGCUAGGAAGAACCGGGCGCGGGCUCAGAGUGCACUGGGGAUGCAUGAACUCGACAUGGACAGGCCCGAAACGCCCUUCACAGGUGUCACCUACCACAGCAGCCAUGCUUCUGGAGACUCCAGAUCCAAGUCGCAGAUCGGCUUCCACGACGAUAUCGGUGGCAUGGGUGGCAUGGUGGGCAUCGGCGGCCUGCGGGCACCCAAGCCCAAGAAGUCUGGAUUCUUCAAGAAGAUCCUCGAGUCCGCCAAGACGGGCGUGGCUAGCACACGCGGCAGCAUAGCUACUGCUGGCGCUGGCUCCGUCUCCUCGUCGCCCAUGGCUAGGUCCAUGGGCACCGGCAUCAGCUCCAUAGGCGGGAUGGGACCACCGCCGCCGAGAGACGCGGCACACGAGAUGGGUCUUGGCAAUGGUAUCGACUGGGUCCAGGUCCGCCGGGACGUGAAUAGAUCCAACUCGCUGAGUCGUAUUGAACGGAACGAGAGACGCGAGCGGUGCCAGAUGAUGGACUACCCGACACUCGAUCCGGUCGAUGAGCUCUACGACACCAUCAACGGCGACGAGGGUGCGGAUGGCAUGCCCGUGGACCAACCGAUCGACUACCUCGCCAUCAAUCUCAGCCAGGUCGACAAGAACUCACGCUUCAUCAGCAGUCUGCCGCCGAUGACUACAGCUAUCACGCUGGCGACGACAUAUGUCUGCAGACCUUACCGAAGCGACGUGCAGCGCCUCCGGGCCAUCUUCACGUGGGUGUCGGAGAAGAUUACCUGGGAGGAGGAGUUUGAAGGCGAGAUCGACACGAGACGCGUGAUCCAGACCAAGAGGGCGUGUGCCGAAGAGUAUGCCCUGCUGGUCAUGGAAAUGUGCUCGGCCGUGGGCCUGCACUGCGAGAUCGUGCGUGGUUACCUGAAGACGCCAGGUGAGAUUCCCGAGUACAACCUGGUGCCACGAUCCAACCACUGGUGGAAUGCCGUCCUGGUCGACAACGAGUGGCGCAUCAUGGAUUGCUGCCUUGCCAGCCCUUCGAACCCAAGGCGUGGCCUGUACUCGAGUGCAGGCAGCGGCAUGGCCGACCCAUGGUGGUUCCUUGUCCGCCCGACCGAGAGCUGCUGGACACAUAUCCCCGAGCACCACACGCAGCAGCACAUCUGCCCGCCUGUCGCCCAUGAGAUCCUGGUCAACCUGCCAUGUGCUUGUCCCCCAUAUUUCAAGAACGGUCUCCAGAUGCACGGCUACAACACCUCUGUGACGCGCAUCGAGGACCUGGAGAUGGUGCACGUCAAGUUUAAUGUCCCCGCCGACGUCGAGGUGGUGGCAGAGGUCGAAGUGCGCGGCUACUCGAGGGACGCCGACGGCGACUUCUUCGAGAGCGGCGAGGUCGUCCGCAAGCGGGCGCUCGCGCAGGCCGAGUGGUACGGCGGCGUCAAGCGGUACACGGUCAAGGCGCUGCUCCCCGGCGACGAGGGCACGGGCGUGCUCAAGGUGUACGCGGGAACCCGGGGCCUGAUGCACAGCAUCAAGGACAUCCCGCACCCGCUGGCGUUCGUGCUGCCCGUCAUCCACACGGGCGAGAACCCGCCGUACGAGUUCGUCACGCGGCACCCGACGCCACACGCGCAGCGCCACGACAUCUACGUCGUGCAGCCGCAGUGCCAGCGCCUGGCGCUGAACAACACCUUUGUCUUUGCCAUACGCCAGCACCCGAGCUCGUCGGGGAGCGGCUCGGCCAUGACGCCCUCGUCCAACCCGGGCGGCGCGUCGCCCAUCCCCUUUGCGCGGCCCGGCUCGGCCAUGAGCAUGACGUCGAGCAGCGCGGCCGGUUCGAACCCGAGCACGACCAACAGCAGCGGCGCGUACGUCAGCGGCAAGAAGCCGGCCAAGCUGGCGAUCCAGACGCCCGGCGGCAAGAUCCUCCGGCUUAUGCGGAAGGAGGAGCGGAGGACGGGCGGCGGGGUCGGGGUCGGGGUCGGCGCCGCGGGUGGCGGGAGGGCGGCCGCUGCGGGGGGCGACGAGGAGCAGAGCGACGGCGGGACGUGGGAGACCAUCAUCAAGUGCAGCGAGAGGGGCGUCUGGAGGGGCCUGGUGCUGGCCGACCGGACGGCGAGGUGGUGUGUCUUUGCGGAGUGGGUUUGCAACUGA